UAAACAAAGCAAAAAAAUAUUCUGAGAUUCUGUGCACUUUUGCAUAAAAUGGUCAGAAGUGAUAAAAACCCCUGAAUGUAGAACAUAUGUUGCUAGCAUUAGCUCACUAAAUUACAAAAUUAUUAUGAUCCCAGCAAGCGAUGUCAGCUAUUGGCUAAUGUCACCAGAAAAUUUUCCCCUUUCGGAAGCCUUUUGUUUCAUCCGACGAAACCUCAAAAACACCCCGCAUCACCAUGAUCGACAAAUUUAAGUUCGGUUCUGGUUUGAUCCGUUACAUCAAAGGUACUCCUAUUGCUUCACCGAAACCGAAGUUUAAAUACAUUCGCCCGACAACGACACCGGCAGCGACACCUCAAGAGCUAACUGCAGUAGCCAAAGAUUACUACAGCAUUCUUGGUGUUCGAAGAUCGGCCAGUUUCCGGGAUAUCAAACAGGCUUAUUAUACGCUUGCAAAGGAGUUCCAUCCAGAUCUUCAACGUUCCGGCAUGGAAAACCUGCCUGACGAAGCUAAGUUCAAAGAGAUUACCGAGGCAUACGAGGCAUUGAUGAGUGAACAAAAAAAGGGCGAUAGCGUUAUUUCCCUGAACCCAGAACUGUACAAGAACGUGGGCACCGACCGACGUCGAAGUAUCGCCUCCGCGUGGAACACAGUUAACGAACUGAACUACGAAGACGUAAUUCUUAGUAUUUCAUUUAAGGAGGCAGCCGAAGGUAGUCGGCGUGAGAUAAAGCUUCCUAUCGGAACCAAAUGUGAAAAGUGUUCUGCGUGGGGUACUUUUCCUCCGAUGGACAGUGAAGGAUCGUGCAAUAUUUGUCAGGGCACAGGGAAACAAACACUUCAAACUGAAAGUGGAACACUCUGGAUGACAUGUAAAUUUUGCAAAGGAUCAAGGGUUACACCACAAAAAAGUAUUUGUCCGAAGUGUCAUGGCAAAGGAAUCAUAUUAAAACCGCAUCCUUUAAUGAUACACAUACCAAAAGGAUCUAAACACCGAGACAUAAUCAAGGCAAGGAUUCCCGGUAAUCAACGGUCUAUAAACAUUAUUUUGAACAUUCAGGAUGUUGACCGUUUCCAGCGGAAUGGUCUCAACAUACAUACAACGGAAGAAGUAACCUUAACACAGGCAAUACUCGGUGCCAACAUUCCAAUAAAAGGUAUCAAUGGAGUGUUCAAUGUGCACAUACCGCCUGGGACACAGCCAGACGCUGAGAUUCGCGUUCCCGGCAAAGGAGUGUGGGAUGCUUCGACACAAGAAUUCGGACAACAUAUUGUCAAGGUUAAAAUUCGUAUCCCAACCCAAAUUACAAGCCGCCAACGACACUUGUUGAAAGAGUUGGAAGUAUCUAUGCAGGAAAAUAGUUCCAACAAAGUGGACUCACCGUUUUCACGUUGAUCCCCCAUUGGCAAUCAGACCAACGUUCUUUCCAGGCUCGCAUUAAUAGCAGCUUGAGCAGCGUAGUUUUGCUGGUAGUUUUUUGGUUGUCCAUGAUCAUGUCGUUGUCAGUACUGUGGACAGACGGAACUAAUAAAUGCAUAUUGGUGAUAAAUUCCAGUA